AUGGGAAGAUUGAGCAAUGAGAUAGUGGCGGGUAGAAUAAUUCCGCUUCUAGAAACAGACUGGCGGCGGCAGAGCAACAGGGUCUGUCUGGUCCCGGCGAAACUAGCGGCGGUCGAGGGGUGCGACGACGAGGUGGGGACGGCGCUUCAGGCCUCGCCCAAGGGUCUCAGCUCCCUCACUCUCUUCCGCUCCUUCGUCCAGUACUCCUGCUACACCCCGGGUACACGCCCACCCGCUUCUCUCGGCGCCUUCCUCUGGCCCUCGGCCACCUUCCUCCAGGGACCAUGGAAUCAUUGCCAUUGUAGGCCCUCUCACUGGAUUUGUAAUGUCUUCUGUUCCAACUUCACCUGGAGGAGAGUUAGGUCGAAAGAUAUGGGACCUCUCAGAAAUCCUUUUUCGAGCUUUAGAUCUGUCGUGGCCCUCCAUUUGCAGAACUUGUUCUACAGAUUCCUUAACUCCAGAUUGGCUUCAUGUGCUACGCUGCUGGUUGAUGAUUAGCUUCCCCAUUGAUGAAUACAGGGAUACAGGUGUAGGUCAGACACUGUUAUAAUCCAACAGCUUAGGUUGAUGUAACAUAGACCAACAUGAAUUUAUCCAACCCAACUCCUUAAUCUCUAAACAUGAACAAUCUUAUCUUUUCCCUACUCGUUUGGAUUACACAAGAAGUUCUUUUAGUCAUACAUGUGAGGUCAAAUUUUCCUUUGUUGUGUCCUUAAAUCUCGUCUUCUUCUCUAUGGGAAUCUUCGAUCUGUGUGAACUUUUGAUGUCUUUAUUUGUGCUUCUUGACUCCACAUAUCUGAUCUUUAACCUUUUGUGUCUUCUAGUUGGCCUUUCCUGAUCCUUGACAUUGUUGCAGUUGCAGGACUUUUUUUAUCUUAUUAAUAAUGCAGCAGUUAUUUCAGUUUACAAUCUCUGGACUCAGCUGAUACAAGUAAAAUAUUGUUUUUGGACUUCAAACUUCAAAGUGUGUGCUCUUUCCAAUAGCUCCAAUCUGUUUGUGUUCUAUUCUUUAUUCUAUUGCAACUUUUAUUUGAAAAAUGGAUAUUGGUCAGUGCUGUCAAUAUAAAGUCUCAAAAAAAGAGUGUCUGCAAAAGAGUGUCAAUGAAUGUGAUGUUAGGUUCAAACCAUUUUUUACUUUUUGUUUCAUAUCAUACAAUCUUAUGUCUCUGUACAAAAGCUAUAAACUUUCUUUAAAUCACUUGCUACUGCUGCCUCAAUUGCACUGAAAGCUCCAAUUUUUUGGUCAAAGGUACUGUUUCAUGCAAGGAUAAUGUGACUUGUUGUAGUUGGUGGAAUUCAGUCUCAAGUUGCUGCUUAACUUAGAAGCUAAAUGAGGUCCUGAGACAAUAACUUGUCAGUAAAGUCUAGGUUAUGACCUGGUAUCAUUUUGUAGGGCAGAGGGGAGAAGAAGACAUCACACGAACCACAUGCUAGCUUUGAUCCCAACAACACCCAGAAAACCUGAGCCAUCUCCCUGCACAAGGAUUAUGCCAGUACAGAACCUACUCUAUUGAAUUCUAAGUUGCUUGAUCUCAAAGGGAUUCUCUCUGUCAGGUGUCUUCCACACACACAGCUUCAACCCUGCUGUCAUCAGCAGUAGCAGCUUGGAAGUGAAGACUGCCAAUGACUUUUCCAUUAUCUCUAUUUGUCUUUUUUUUUUCUCUCCCUUAUGUGCUCCAUAAAAUCAAAAAGUACACUUUGUGAAGUACUUCUUAA